AUGGCGCUCUCCUGUGCAUGUCUUCUCCGAUCCACAAUGGCCAUUCACUGGCACGUCCUCCUCUACAGUUUGUGUUUGCUGUCUAUUGUGUUUGCUGUGAGUCGAGAGAAUUUCAAGACAUGUGACCAAAGUGGCUUUUGCAAACGUCAGAGAGCCGUACCACCAGGUCACUCCCCUUAUGUUGUAGAGUUAUCAUCAAUAAACAUGAAGCCAUCAUGUUUGGAAUUAGAAGUUGUAAAUAAAAAAAAUAAUGUUCGUUUUAAAUUAGAGCUUUAUGCACUGGCCAACAAUAUGGCCAGAAUAAAAUUUAAUGAACUGUCACCAUUAAAACCACGUUUUGAAAUCCCUGUAGGAGAUGUUUUGGUAAAAGAACCAACAUUACAAAGUUUGAAAUUAGUUUCUCAAGAUUCAAAUAGCAUAAUUACAGUAUUUGAAAAUACAAGGGUGGUAAUUACAGCCAAUCCUUUUCGAAUUGAUUUUCUUACUUAUGACCAGCCAACUGUCAGCAUCAACAGCCAGGGCUUGCUAAAAUUUGAAUAUUUAAGAAAAAAACAAGCAGCUCAGCCAGUUGAACCUGCGCAGGAAGAACCAGCAGAAAACCACGAAGAGAAAAAGGAAGAAAAACCUGAAGCUGCUGAGACAGAAAGCCCUGAACUAGACAUGUGGGAAGAAACCUUCAAGUCUUUUGUGGAUUCAAAGCCAAAUGGUAAAAUGAUAAGUAACAUCCCCACCCAACCAACUUUUCUCUCGUCCCCCUCUCUAUCCCCCCCUCGUCCCCCUCUCUCGUCCCCCCCCCUCUCGUCCCCCUCUCUCGUCCCCUCUCUCGUCCCCCCUCGCUCUCUCUCUCGUCCCCCCCUCCUCGCCGCUCUCUCUCGUCCCCCCUCAUACCUUUCGCUCUCUCUCUCGUUCCCCCCCCUCGCCGCUCUCUCUCUCUCAUCCCCCCCCCCUCGCGCCGCUCGCUCUCGUUCCCCCCCCCCUCCUCUCGUCCCCGCUCGCUCGCUCUCUCGUCCCCCCCCCCUGCUCGCUCGCUCUCUCGUCCCCCCCUUCGCGCCGCUCGCUCUCUCUCGUCCCCCCUUCGCGCCGCUCGCUCUCUCGUCCCCCCCCUUCGCGCCGCUCGCUCUCUCUCGUCCCCCCCUUCGCGCCCUCUCUCUCUCUCGUCCCCCCCCUCGCCUCUCUCUCUCUCGUCCCCCCCCCCGCGCCUCUCUCUCUCUCCCCCCCCUCCGCGCCCUCUCUCUCUCUCGUCCCCCCCCUCGCCUCUCUCUCUCUCGUCCCCCCCUCGCGCCCUCUCUCUCUCUCUCGUCCCCCCCUCGCGCCCCUCUCUCUCUCUCGUCCCCCCUCUCUAUCCCCCCUCGCGCCUCUCUCUCUCUCGUCCCCCCUCUCUCCCCCCCUCGCGCCUCUCUCUCUCUCUCGUCCCCCUCUCUAUCCCCCCUCGCGCCUCUCUCUCUCUCUCGUCCCCCCCUCUCUAUCCCCCCCCUCUCUCUCUCUCGUCCCCCUCUCUAUCCCCCUCGCGCCCCUCUCUCUCUCUCGUCCCCCCUCUCUAUCCCCCCUGCCUCUCUCUCUCUCUCGUCCCCCUCUCUAUCCCCCUCGCGCCUCUCUCUCGUCUAUAGUCCCUCAUCAGUUGGAAUAGAUAUCUCUUUCCCUGGAUUUGAACAUGUCUAUGGUAUACCAGAACAUGCAGAUGACUUUGCUUUGAAAUCAACAAAGAGUACAGAUCCCUACCGUUUAUACAACCUGGAUGUUUUCGAAUAUGAAUUGUAUAACCCAAUGGCUUUGUAUGGAAGUGUGCCAUUCAUGUUGGCUCAUAAUGAGCAAAGGACUGUUGGUGUGUUCUGGCAGAAUGCUGCCGAGACUUGGGUUGACAUCAGUUCUAAUGUUGCUGACAAGAAUUUGUUCAACAAGAUGUUGGAUUAUGUAAAGGGUGACCAGGAUAUUCCCCAAAUUGAUACACAUUGGUUUUCUGAAAGUGGCAUUAUUGAUAUAUUUGUGAUGUUGGGCCCCAAACCACAAGAUGUAUUCAGCCAGUAUGCCACACUCACUGGCACAACACCUUUACCUCCACUAUAUGCCUUAGCAUAUCAUCAGUCACGAUGGAAUUAUAAUGAUGAAGAAGAUGUAAGAAAUGUUGAUGCAAAUUUUGACAUCCAUGAUAUACCUUAUGAUGUCCUGUGGCUGGACAUUGAACAUACAGAUGGCAAAAGGUAUUUCACAUGGGACCAUGCCAAAUUCCCUAACCCUGAAGACAUGGUAGCUAACCUUUCUUCCAAAGGGAGAAAGCUGGUGACCAUUGUGGACCCUCAUAUCAAAAGAGAUGAUAAUUAUCACAUUUAUAAAGAGGCUAAGGAAAAAAAUGUCUUCAUUAAAAAUAAAGAUGGUGCUGAGUAUGAUGGCUGGUGUUGGCCUGGAUCUUCAAGCUGGCCUGACUUUUUGGAACCUGCCGUCCGUCAGUGGUGGGCAAGUAAAUUCGACCCUGCUGAAUACAAAGGAACAAAUUUGGAUGUUGUCACAUGGAAUGACAUGAAUGAACCGUCCGUUUUUAAUGGUCCUGAGAUCACCAUGUUAAAGGAUGCUGUCCACUUGAGUGGCUGGGAACACAGAGAUGUCCACAAUGUCUAUGGCAUGUAUCAGCAUCGAGCAACUGUAGAGGGUCAGAUUCAGAAAUCCAAUGGUCAGGAGAGGCCAUUUGUACUGAGCCGAUCCUUCUUUGCUGGCUCUCAAAGAUAUGGUGCUGUCUGGACUGGUGACAAUACAGGUGAAUGGAGCCACUUAAAAAUAUCUGUUCCAAUGAUGUUAUCUUUGAAUAUUGUUGGCAUCACCUUCUCAGGUGCUGACAUUGGUGGAUUUUUCCGCAAUCCUGAUGCUGAACUUGUCACGAGGUGGUAUCAGGCUGGCGCCUUUCAACCAUUUUUCCGUGGCCAUUCCCAUCUAGACACAAAACGCCGUGAACCUUGGCUGUUACCAGAACAUAACAAGAAUAUUGUCCGUAGUGCCAUUCACACCCGCUAUACAUUCCUUCCAUAUUGGUACACUUUGUUCUAUCACAGUGAAAGAACUGGAAUGCCAGUGAUGAUGCCAUUGUGGGUAGAAUAUCCAGAAGACACAGCUACCUACAAAAUGGAUGAUGAAUAUCUUUUGGGUUCUGCUUUGUUGGUUAAGCCAGUUGUUGACCCAGGAAUAUCUACAAUGGACAUCUACUUUCCGGGUAAAGGAGAGAUCUGGUAUGAUAUCUUGGACUUCAAAACAUAUGCUGGAGGACAAGUUGUAAAAGUUGAUACCCCAUUGGACAAGAUUCAUGCUUACCAAAGAGGUGGCCACAUAAUUGCCAGGAAAUAUCGCAUGAGGCGUUCCUCCUCUUUUAUGAAGAAUGAUCCUGUAACAUUAUUUGUUUGCCUCAAUACAAAUGAAUAUGCUAAAGGAGAUUUGUACAUUGAUGACUACCACACAAAUAAUUACAGAAAAGGAGAUUUUGCUCUUCGAGAAUUUAUAUUUGAAAACAACAAAAUGAUGAGCAGACCUUUAAAUAAAAGCUUAUACAGAAGCAGAGAGUGGUUAGAAAGGAUAAUAGUUGUUGGCUUGGUGAAAAUGCCACAAAAAACUUCAAUAAGUCUCAAUGGUGGUGCACCACAAGAUCUUGAUUCUCAAUAUUUCACAGAGACCAAAGUUUUAGUGAUACGCAAACCAGGAAACGGACCCCUCGUGUCAGGAAUAAUGUCCAGCGGAAACGGAUGCUGUUUCGAAGUUAACAAAUUGACGGCUUUGUUGUCCCAGACAGGCGUCGAAGAUAGAAAUGGGACCGAAAAAGAAGAAGAAACGGAAUUGAGUUUUGCCGGUAGAGGAAUGAAAUUAGACAAAGCUGAAGAUGCUAAAGAAAUUGUUGAAGCCAUCAAAGGUUUUCCAAAAAUGGAGAUCCUUAGACUUGAAGGUAACACAGUUGGAAAGCAGGCUGCAGAAGAAAUUGCCAAAGUCUUGGAGAAACAUCCAGAGUUGAAAAGAGCCUUAUGGAGUGAUAUGUUUACUGGCAGGUCAAAUGCUGAGAUUCCCCCAUCUCUUAAAUCUCUUGGAGCUGGUAUUAUUACCGCAGGAGCCCAUCUUGUAGAAUUAAACCUCAGCGACAAUGCCUUCGGUGCCAUUGGUGUGGGAGGAAUUGAAGACCUGCUUUUGAGCAAGUGUUGCUACUCCCUCAGGAAGCUCAGUCUUAACAACAAUGGCCUGGGUACUACAGGAGGCAAGUUAUUGGCAAAAACACUGCUCGCAUGUCACAAGACCAGUUCUGCUGCAGGAACACCGCUGCAAUUGAACACCUUUAUUUCUGGUCGCAAUCGUCUGGAAAAUGAGGGUGCCAAGGCAUUGGCAGAAGCUUUCAAAACCAUAGGAACUCUACAGCAUGUGGAAAUGCCUCAGAAUGGUAUUCAGCGGCCAGGUGUGUCUGCAUUAGCAGAAGCCUUAACUGUCAACACUCAAAUGAGGAUUCUUAAUUUAAAUGACAACACAUUUACAGAAACUGGAUCAAUAGCAAUUGCUAAGCAACCUUCCCCUCAUAUUUUCCAAUUAUUUAUUAACAUUUUUUUCACUUGUCUCUCUCUCUCUCGGCAACCCUCCACAUGUGUGUGUGUCUCUCUCUCUCUCUCUCUCUCGGCAACCCUCCACAUGUGUGUGUGUCUCUCUCUCUCUCUCGGCAACCCUCCACAUGUGUGUGUGUCUCUCUCUCUCUCUCUCUCUCUCUCGGCAAGCCUCCACGUGUGUCUCUCUCUCUCUCUCGGCAAGCCUCCACGUGUGUCUCUCUCUCUCUCUCGGCAAGCCUCCACGUGUGUCUCUCUCUCUCUCUCUCGGCAAGCCUCCACGUGUGUCUCUCUCUCUCUCUCUCUCUCGGCAAGCCUCCACGUGUGUCUCUCUCUCUCUCUCUCGGCGCAAGCCUCACGUGUGUCUCUGUCUCUCUCUCUCGGCAAGCCUCCCACGUGUGUCUCUCUCUCUCUCUCUCUCGGCAAGCCUCCACGUGUGUCUCUCUCUCUCUCUCGGCAAGCCUCCGUGUGUGUCUCUCUCUCUCUCUCUCUCUCUCUCUCUCUCGGCAAGCCUCCCACGUGUGUCUCUCUCUCUCUCAAGCCUCUCUCUCUCUCUCUCUCUCUCGGCAAGCCUCGUGUGUCUCUCUCUCUCUCGGCAAGCCUCCCGUGUGUGUCUCUCUCUCUCUCAGGCCUCUCUGUGUGUGUCUCUCUCUCGUGCCAAGCCUCCACGUGUGUGUCUCUCUCUCUCUGCAAGCCUCCACGUGUGUGUCUCUCUCUCUCUGCAAGCCUCCACGUGUGUGUCUCUCUCUCUCUGCAAGCCUCCACGUGUGUCUCUCUCUUUGCAAGCCUCCCACGUGUGUCUCUCUCUCUCUGCAAGCCUCCACAAGUGUCUCUCUCUCUCUGCAAGCCUCCACGUGUGUGUCUCUCUCUCUUUGCCACUCUCCACAAGUGUCUCUCUCUCUCUCUCUGCAACCCUCCACAAGUGUCUCUCUCUCUCUCUCUGCAACCCUCCACAAGUGUCUCUCUCUCUGCAACCCUCCACAAGUGUCUCUCUCUCUGCAACCCUCCACAAGUGUCUCUCUCUCUGCAACCCUCCACAAGUGUCUCUCUCUGCAACCCUCCACAAGUGUCUCUCUCUCUGCAACCCUCCACAAGUGUCUCUCUCUCUCUCUUUGCCACUCUCCACAAGUGUCUCUCUCUCUCUCUCUCUGCAACCCUCCACAAGUGUCUCUCUCUCUCUCUCUGCCACCUCAUAGCUUUGCUCAUAGAAAAUGUUGCUCUUCCAUAUCUCAAAGAUUUGGAAGAAAUCAACUUUGGGGAUUGUUUAGUGAGAAACGAAGGAGCAGAAGCAUUUGCCCAAAGUCUCAAGUCACAUACCAACUUAAAGCGACUUAUACUCAGUGGAAAUGAAAUUGGCUUUGAAGGAGCCAAUGCCAUUGUGAUUGCAAUGGAAAACAAAAGUAACUUGAAACUUAUUGAUCUAAAUGAAAACCAAAUUGGAGAAGAAGGAAUUGAACUAAUUCAAGGUAGCAUGGAUGCUAUAAACAAGUUAGAAUGUCUUGGAUCAUUUAGUGGUGAUGAAGGUGAUGAAGAUGAUGAUGAUGAUGAGGAGGAUGAUGAAGAUGAUGAUGAUGAGGAGGAGGAUGAUGAAGAAGAUGAGGAGGAGGAGGAAGAGGAGGAGGAAGACCAGAAUGAGGAAGAGGAUGAAAAGGAGGACAUUGAUGAUUUGCCUGUGAAAGAAUGUCAAACACCAACUAAAACGGCUGAAAUAAAUCAAGAACUUCACAUUAUUUCACCCGGUGAAUUCUUGACUUUCCCAUCUCCAUCAAAAUUGUUGGGACUUGGAGCAAGUGAAAAAGCUGCUAAUGGUAUUAAACAGGAACUUGGGGACAAGAUUUCUGAUGUCGAUGAAGUUGUAAAAACAUUUUUAAAAAUAUCUUCAGUUGUUGAUUCCACAAAUGAGAAAACCAAGAAAAUUGCCAACACCUGCACAGAUUCCAUAUUUUCAGAACUUCUUCAAUCUGAUGAUGAAACGAUUCAGUGGAAUGCUGACAUUUUACCCAAAAUUUCCUUAAAUCACCAAACAUCAUUUAUUUUAAAAACAUUAUUUCUUGAUUUUUUGUUUCUUUUCUCUGUUUCUCUUGAUCUCUUUUCAUUCUUUUCUAUCUUUAUCUUCUUUCUCUUCUCUCUCUCUUCUCUUUAUCUUCUCUCUCUCUUCUCUUUAUCUUCUCUCUCUCUUCUCUUUAUCUUCUCUCUCUCUUCUCUUUAUCUUCUCUCUCUCUUCUCUUUAUCUUCUCUCUCUUCUCUUUAUCUUCUCUCUCUUCUCUUUAUCUUCUCUCUCUCUUCUCUUUAUCUUCUCUCUCUUCUCUUUAUCUUCUCUCUCUUCUCUUUAUCUUCUCUAUCUUCUCUUUAUCUUCUCUAUCUUCUCUCUCUCUUCUCUUCUCUUUAUCUUCUCUUCUCUUUAUCUUCUCUCUCUUCUCUUUAUCUUCUCUCUCUUCUCUUUAUCUUCUCUCUCUUCUCUUUAUCUUCUCUCUCUUCUCUUUAUCUUCUCUCUCUUCUCUUUAUCUUCUCUCUCUUCUCUUUAUCUUCUCUCUCUUUCUCUUCUCUCUUUAUCUUCUCUCUUCUCUUUAUCUUCUCUCUCUUCUCUUUAUCUUCUCUCUCUUCUCUUUAUCUUCUCUCUCUUCUCUUUAUCUUCUCUCUCUUCUCUUUAUCUUCUCUCUCUCUCUUCUCUUUCUCUUCUCUCUCUCUUCUCUUCUCUCUCUUCUCUUUCUCUUCUCUUUCUUCUCUCUCUCUCUUCUCUUCUCUUUCUCUUCUCUCUCUCUCUUCUCUUCUCUCUCUCUUCUCUCUCUCUCUUCUCUUUCUCUUCUCUCUCUCUCUUCUCUUUCUCUUCUCUCUUUCUCUCUCUCUUCUCUUUCUCUUCUCUCUCUCUCUUCUCUCUCUCUCUUCUCUUUCUCUUCUCUCUCUCUCUUCUCUCUCUCUCUUCUCUUCAUCUUCUCUUUAUCUUCUCUUCCUCUUCUCUCUCUUUUCUUCCUCUUCUCUCUCUUUUCUCAUAGAAUUUUUCAUCUAA